CCUCGUGUGUGACAUCGCUGUGGGGAAGCUCGCGCAUCCGGGGACUCGUCAACACACACACACACACACACUCAGCUGUGAAUGACUGAAACCGUUACGUGCUGUUGGAAACACAGUAUCUGCCCUGGAGGAAUAACCGCUUUCAAUGGAGCCCAAAAGUGCCGCGAAGGACAAGUUUUUCAUCGUCAUCCGCGGGAAGUCGAGGAAAGGCUUCAGCCGAGGAUGCAUCGGCCGCGUGGAGGCAGAGAUCCAGCCUGGGGAGCUGAUGGGGCUGCUCUACUCUGCCGGCAGCAACUCUGUGAGCCCCAAGAGCGGAGGCGUGUUGCGGAGAGAGGACACCUACCCUUUGACCUGUCACCAGGCCCAGCUACUGCUCUACGUCUCCACUGCAAGCAAACGCCUGGAGCUGCUGUGUAAUCCACAGCUGUUCUCAGCCAUCUGCGAGCUGACCCAGGGUGACCUGGUAGUGGUGAAGCACAAGAAGGGACAUUCGCCUGGUCUGGUGAAAAACCUGAUGCAAAUGGGGAGGAAAGAGAACAAAGACGACAUGUACAUGCUGGGCUUUGAGGUGGAGUUUGUGGACAAUGAUCACAAUUUAACAUCCAAGAAACCGGCACCUCUGCCCUUGUUCAGUGCUGCAGACAUCAUCCAGGUGGUCCCGUCUUACUCCGCCCCCCUUGGACUGCACUGGAGAGAUGGCCAAUGUGGGAGUCUAAACAGAAAAGCGGUGACGCGCAUUAACUCCAUGCCAAACAUUGGAUCCCGUGCACAUCGAGUGAGAGGGAACCACACGGAGCAGAGAGCCAUCUCCCAGCACAGUGGGAGCUCGCCUCCUGUGCCUCUGGAGGUGGGGUCUACGGUGGAGGUGGUGUCCAACUCUGGAAUCACCGUGUAUGGGGUCAUCCGGUGGUUGGGGGUCCUCCCUGGAAAAACAGAGGAAUGGGCUGGGAUUGAAUUGGACUAUGAUGUAAAUGGUUGCUCUGAUGGGAAAUCUGGAGGAAAGAGAUAUUUCACCUGCAAAGGGAACAGAGCUUUGUUUGUGCCUGUCACCAAGUGCAGCCCUGACAGCAGGCUCGUCUUCUCCUCACCAGGAAGUGAAACCCCCAAACCAACUGAGAUGCCUCCAGUUCCCCCCUUUGAGGACUGUGAGGACACGCCCCCAAUCCCUGAGUCUGAGGCCUUGUCUUUGUUAGUGGGAAAGAUGAAGGGGAUUCAGGGCCACAUCAACUCCUGUUACCUUGAUGCCACGCUCUUCAGUUUGUUCAGCUCGUCCGUGACCCUGGAUAAUAUCUGCCAGAAGCCUGCUGACACAGAACAACCCAUAACAUGCACUCUGAGGAAAAUAAUCAACCGUUUACGCAGACAUGGAUUUGUACCGGCUGAGAGUGUGAUGAAUUUUCGCAAACAACUCGGCUGCGACACAUUUCAAACCGAUGAAAAAGAUCCAGAGGAGUUCAUCACAGUCCUCUUUCAAAAGGUGCUUCACAUGGAGCCAUUGCUCAAACUCAGAUCAAAGCGUGAGACCUCUCAGGGAGCCUACACCUUCCAGAUCUUUUUAGAAAAAGAGCAGAUGGGACAUAUUCCCACUGUCCAACAACUUCUGGACACAUCCUGCAUGUCAGGUGACCUCAAGUUUGAAGAGGUGCCAUCCUGUCUAAUUGUACAGAUGCCGAGGUUUGGAAACGCUUAUAAGAUGUUCUCUCACAUCAUUCCCACCACGGAGCUGGACAUCACAGAUCUUCUUUACAACUCUCCAAGAGAAUGCUUUGUGUGUGGUCAUCUGGCUCAGUACGAGUGUGUUCAGUGUCUGUCGGAUCGCAAACUGCAGCCAGGAAGGAUCAAACAGUACUGCACGACCUGCAACGCACAGGUGCACAGUCAUCAUGCACGACAGGGUCACUCCCCCAAAGCCUUUGAGGUUCCACCUAAUGUAGCCUCUGACGCUCCUGUGCCGAGACACAAGAUGCAGCUUUUUGCUGUGCUCUGCAUUCAAACCAGCCACUAUGUGUCCUUUGUCAAAUAUGGAUCUGACGCUCGCUCCUGGCUCUUCUUUGACAGCAUGGCAGACAGAUGCGGCGACAAUCAAAGUGGUUACAGCAUUCCAAAGAUCCAGGCUUGUCCUGAGCUGGGUGACUUCCUGACCCUGCAGGAGGAGGAUCUGCUUCGGACCAGCCCCUCCCAGGCCCCUGAACUAGUGCGCAGACUGCUUUGUGACUCCUACAUGUUUUUAUACCACAACCCAGCUGGGUCACUUUCUACGACCAAUCAUCAGGAGCCUUAAAUGCCCAUGAGCGCCCUCUGUCGUCACAACACUGCCCUGAUAACCUUAUGACGCCACUUAAUCUCAAACAUUGUCUUGGUUAUUACAUCCAAAUAGCAGGAACUAAAAUGGAUGUUUAUAACAUUAUUGAAAACAUCUGCACCUUUGGGAGGAAAUGCAAUAUCGUAGCUUAAUGUGACUUUGAUUCAUCAGCUGAUGCUGAUCAGUAAAUAGAAAAUAGUGUGCAUUGAAAUGGUAAAUCGGCUUUAUUGACUUUAUCUCUUCAAACUCUUGUUGUUGUUUUCUCCAACUUAUAUUUUUUAUACCAAGUAUUUUUAAGGAAAUGAUAGUAUUUAUGUUAUUUUAUGUCUGUAUUUGUUUAUUUUCUAAAUUAAAGUUCAAGGAACUUGGUGACAUGUU